CCGUUUGAGUCUUAUUUCUCGUGUUUUAGGCCGAUUUCACGCUAGGUUAUUCUUGUUUGUGAUAUUUCAGGUCCUAGUACGUGAAUGAAAGCUUGGGAACGAGUUCGGGGUCGAUUGGACGAAGAUUGGACGUUUGGCGAGAAGCUGAGGAACUCACACGGGCACGCCUAAAACCCACACGGCCAUGUGACUUGGACGUGUGGCACCAAUUUGCACGGGCAAGCCACACUGGCCAUGUAAGGGACCUCUUGUGGCUGUGUGGAAAGUCUAGGGAGCUCACACGGGCAGCCUCAAAAUCCACACGGCCGUGUGGCCCUGGCCGUGCAGCAUGCCUGAAAGCCCACUAAUCGAAACGCCGUGUUUUAACAUCCACACGGGCAGACUGGAAAGCCACACGGCCGUGUGGUCGGGAAUUUCUGGGUUUUAACCCAAUUGCAAGCCAAAUGAGAAGGGAACCGAGUUUUAGAGAGAAAAAGUGGAUACCUAGAAAGAGAAAGUGACGAACCUGAUUCUUCAAGUGCCUAGAUCGAUCUCCAUCACCAUUGGAGCCCGGCUUGAGCUUGGAGAAGAGCUGAUUGAGUAGCGAGUCACUUGUAGAGAACAUGACAUAAACUAUCAGCCACUAGGUCUGAACUCUUCAUGAGUAUUCGGCCUAUUGACUUUUACAAUGAGGGUGAUCCUAGUGUAACUUACCUUGAUGGUCGGAAGCAUGUCUUCGGAAAGCCAAUCCUAAAAAAUUGAAUUAGAUAAUUAUGAAUGCAGUUAAAAACAUCCUCAUGAUCCUUGGAAACAUUUUGGCAAUGAUGUUUUGUUUCAUCUAGUUGUGGUUUUGGCAUGAAAGAAUUAGUAUUUUGGUCACCACGUUUAAGCCAAUUUGAUCUCGGUCUUUGCUUCCAUACCAGUUCUUCCUUCUAGUUAGGGUCUUGCUUUUUGGUUUCUAUGAGUCUGAGCAUUGCGAUAUUUUUUUUCUUUGACAUCUUUAGCAUGUUGUUGAGGUCCAUUUGAUUUUUUUCAAUCUACCUCAAAUGUUCCCAACCUUUUGUUUGUUGCACGCAAAGAGAUCUCUCUCACAAUUUUUAGGAUAUUUAGCAUAUUAGCUCCUUUUGACCCUCACAAGUUUUUUUCAAUAAGAUCCUUACACUUAGGAUCUUUGUGCCAAAAAGACUCCACUUUAAAAUACCAUCCCCACUCGAUAUCAAAACUUGUUUCCUCUUGUCUCAAGUAAAAUGGAGCAGUGGUCAAAAUUCUCUUAAGGAAGAUGGUAAACUUGAAAGUUUGUGUAGUCCUUUUAACAUUGAGAUUGAGUGAUAUCUAACAAGGUGCUCUUUAAUAAAACUUUCCUCUCUUUCUUUAUCUUAUGUGUUUCCCCGGGCCAGGAAAGUCCAAUUCCGCACCCGAAGAUGGCAAAGCGGCGACCAGGGAAUAGGAGCAGGAGACCCCCCGGUCAGGUGGGCAUUAAUCCCUAAUCGGGGAAAGGAAGGAGGAUGAUCGGGGAUCUGGGUUGACGAGCUGUAGUUACCUUUUUUGUUUAUGAUUCUUUUCCUUUUUGGGUUUUUUUAUUAGUUUUUGUUUCUUUGGCCUAUUAAAGGCUUAGACUCUUUAGAGCAAACAUUGAAGAGUAUUGAGUUUAUUAUUGAUAGAGCCUUCUCCCAGGUGUGAGAUUGCACUUCAUUUCCGUUGAGCUUUGUCUUUAUGAGUAUAGACAUGAGAGAAGAUAAAGAAGCUAAAACUUCUUGAUUUUUAGAUGGCCUCAUUUGGGAAUUUAGGCACGAAGUUGAGCUUUGUCAAUUUGUGGAGCUGGAGGAAGUGGUUCAUCUAGCCAUUAAGGUGGAGAAGCAGCUGAAGGUUAGCUCUGGAAGAAGGUAUCCACCUUCAACUAAACCGAUUUCAGAAAAUAUGGGCGAGACCACUAUGAAUCAUUUCAGGCCCGAAGGAGUCAAGCUAACAUAUAGAUACACUAUUACCUUCAUUCAAGUCAGACCAGAAGGAUCGGCUGGAAGCAUCCAAUGCGUCUCAACAAGAAAAUUUUGGUUCUACGAGAUAGAGAAUACUUUUCUGAGGAGGAAGAGAAGCCAAUGGAGACAUAAAUAUAUUCUUAUGAUGUUGAUGGUCACAUCACUAUUGAAGCCCUUCCAACAUGUAAGUUUUUUGGAGUCAAUCAUUAAGCUCUAGCUGAUCAAGAACAACAAGAUAAUCUGUUUCAUACCCAUUUUCUGAUGGAUGGAAAAAUUUUGUAUGUGGUCAUAGUAGUCAAAAUCCCAAUUAAAAUCCUAAAAUCUUACGAUUUUACGAUUUUACUUACCUAUCUCGAUUCUGAUUUCACUAUUAAAUCUAUGGACCUUAAAAUCCUACACUAUUCACGAUUUAAAUCCUUAAAAUCUUACGAUUUUACGAUUCAAAUCUAUGAGUUAAUUUUACUUAUUUUUAUCAUAAUUUAAAAAAUAACACCUCUUUUCCUUCAAAAUAAGUAACAUCAUCUAGUUGUCUCACACUAGCCACCAUCGACCAUCAUCAAUUCACAUCGGUGUAUUAAAUAACAUCGAUUCACCACCUUUUAACAUUAACCUUGAUAAAUUGGAACAUCAUCCUUGAGAGCUUAUCAUUAUAAUUGUUAUGUGUUUUUAUGUUAUUGGUAUUUUUCUUAUUAAUAUCAUUUCGUCUUCGUUUUUAUAUGAACCUUAAAAUCCUACGAUUUUACGAUUUCGAUUUUACCCCCAUUUUUUAUUUUACUUAAAAUCCCAAUUUUAACUGCUUUGUCUGUGGUAAUUGAUGGUGGUAGCUGCACAAAUGUUGUGAGUCUUGAUGCAAUCAAGCAGCUGGGAUUGAGUAUCCUUAAGCAUCCUCAACCUUACAAUCUUCACUAGUUGAACGACUAUGGAUCCAUCGAGGUUAACAAAAAGGUCAAGGUUCGAUUUCAGAUUUGUGAGUAUGCAGAUAAAGUCUGGUGUUACGUUGCCCCAAUGCAGGCUACUCAUCUCUUAUUGGGUCGUCCAUGGCAAUAUGACCGUGGAAUUAUUCACGACGGAAGACAUAAUAUCUACUAGUUCAAGCAAGGAGAUCAUAAGUUUCUGCUCAAACCAUUGUCGCCAUCUGAAGUCCGAAAAUAUCAAUGACAAUGGAGCUGAAUUGGGCAAGGGAGAAAUGAAAUGCAAGUGGCUUGGAUUCGGAGGAUGGAAGUGGAACCCAUCUUAUGGCUCGAAGACACAUGUUGACUGUGCUGAGAAGAAUUUAGUUGGGAAAUUAUGGUGAUGAACUUUCAUGCAGGAACACACAACGUUUGAGGACAAAGCUUCUUCAGCAAGGAGGAAGUGAUGUGAUUCCCCAGCUAGGAAGGGUCCAAUUCCCCUACCGAGGAUCACAAGGCGUCAACCAGGGAAUUGGAGCAGGAGACCCCCUAGUCAGGUGGGCAUUAAUCCCCGUUCGGGGAUCGGGGCUGACAAGCUGUAAUUACCUUUUGUGUUUAGGAUUAUUUUCCUUUUCGAGUUUUUGAUUAGGUUUUUUUUUUGUUUUUUUGGCCUAUUUAAAGGCUUAGACUCGAGUUUUAGAGCAUACAUUGAAGAUUAUUGACUUUAUUCUUGGUUCAUUGAGCUAUCAACUUGUGAAUUGUGCUUUGUAUCAAUCGAGUAUUUUCCUUGAUUAUGGUUGAUCUUUUACCCUAUAUUGAUAGAGCCUUCUUAAAGGUGUAAGAUUUCACUUCAAUUAUGUUUUAUUAUUAAUCCUAACCCAUGUUCGGGUGGGCAUUAAUUCCCGAUCGGGGAUGUGAAGGAGGACGACCAGGAUUGGAGCUGGCGAGCUGGAAUUACCUUUUGUGUUUAGGAUUCUUUUCCUUUUCGGGUUGUUGAUUAGCUUUGUUUUUCUUCUUUGAACUAUAUAAAGGCUUAGACUUGAGUUUUAGAGCUGGCAUUGAAUAUUAUUGAGUUUAUUCUUGGUUCAUUGAGCUUUCAGCUUGUGAAUUGUGCUUUGUAUCAAUCGAGUAUCCCCCUUGAUCGUGGUCGAGCUUCUACCCUAUAUUGAUAGAGCCUUCUCCCAUGUAUGAGAUUGAACUUGAAUUUUGUUUUAUCUUUAACCCCUCUUCUUGGUUGUACGACUAUGAUAAUUGCGUCCACCGGUUCUGUGAUCAUAUCAUUAUCUCAUGUAAGGGAUCGUUUGGAUAAGGAAUUGUAUAAACGAGGGAUUUGGGUCUAAAUCGCUUAUUUUAAAAACCCAUGUAGUUUUAACAUAUGUUUUGCCAAAAAAACUUAUUUGAAAGUGGACUGAUAUUUGCUCAACAAGGAUUUUAAUUUCUAAUGGAAAUUUUGAAAGCAUUAUAUUGCCCUUAUCUUCUUCACAUAUGACAUACCCCAAUAAAUCGGUAACCCGUGUUCUGCAUCACGUGUCGUUUUCCUCCCUAUUCACCCAUUAUCGUUGUCGCUCCAAGCAUCCCCGCCCCUCAUGGAACCUAACCUAUCGCUCAGUACCACCGCCACUCUAAAAGUCCUCGUGCAAAAAGAAGACGAAAUUCGGAGCCAACACUUAGCGUGAGUGAUCUGUUCGUCUGAAAUCACCCACAGUGAUGGAUCUGUUCUCCCUCGUCCUCCCUCGUCCUUGUCGUAGUUGUUGCGAUCCAUGUCAUCCUCGUCGGUUCUUUACCCUUCUCCUCUAUGACUUUGGGGUUUGUCUCAAUCGUCCAGAAAUCCCGUCCUGGAGGCGAGUUUCUGGAGGAACUUUCCAAUUCAUACGAGCACUAAUACGGUGAAGCAAAAUCUAUGUUUCUUUCCUUAGAAUCGAAACGACCUCUAUUGCCUUCUCGUCUACUGCUCCCUCUACUCUUCCCCUUUCUCGACGGUGAGAUCCUUUUUAUCGUAUGAAUUGGAGAAGAAUUUGUUGAUCGUUUCACUUGACAUCUUAUGCUCCCUCUCGAGAGAGGGAUUUGAUGGAAAAAGGGUUAAGAGGGAGAAAUCGAAGAAAGAAAGAAAGAAAAAAAAGGAGUUACAAUGACUUGAGGGUAAACAUGGAAUAAGUAAAAAGUAUAGAGACAAGUUGGGAAUAAAUUAAGAAGCAUGUG